AAACAACCGACUCCGAAGAUGUUAAAGGCCACAACACCUACUUCAAGAUCAGCUAAUGUUCGAUUUGUUCAUCCUUUAAACAUCUCAGAGUCUGCUAAAGUGAGUUCGUCAAACGAAUAUGAUCAUGCACUCCUUUCAGCCCGCAUGUCUAAGAGUAUUUUCAAGAAACAUGAUAUAGGCUCGAAUCGAGGAAGGAUUCCAAGCACAAUUGUACCAGUUGAUAAUCUUAGUUCUAUUAAGCAG